ACACACACACACUUUCGCACAGCUGACAGCAGUCUGAAAGUCUUCACAAGCCAAAGUAGUUCAGUUGUAGAGCUGUAGGUUGGAGUUUGUUACAGCAGGAUGGCGGCUGACAAGGAAAAGACAAACUCUUGUGGAACAGUAUGCCUUAAAUACCUGCUGUUCACCUUUAAUCUGCUUCUCUGGUUGUCUGGAGGUUCCGUGAUGGCAGUGGGACUCUGGACUCUAGUGGAUAAGAGCGACUACAUUAGUCUUCUGUCUUCCAGUACAUAUUCAAUCGCUGCCUACAUUCUGAUCGCAGCAGGAGCUGUUGUCAUGCUCACUGGGAUCCUUGGCUGCUGUGCCACCAUUAACGAGAAUAAAAGACUUUUGAUUGUGUUCUCUGUACUGCUGGUGUUGAUCUUCCUGCUGGAGAUCACUGCUGGAGUUCUGGCCUAUUGGUAUUAUCAAGCGUGUUUUCCUUUCUGCUAUAAGCUGAAUGAUGAGCUGAGUGCAGACCUGAAAGAGACCAUGGUGCAGAAAUACCAGCAGCCGGAUCAAGACCACAUCACCAGCGCUGUGGACAAACUCCAACAUGAGCUGAAGUGCUGUGGCAGUUACAGCUCGGCAGAUUGGCGGGACGGAGCCUGGAUUCGCACGUUUGCUGACACGCGGCUUGUGCCUGACAGCUGCUGUAAGACUCCUACUGUUGGCUGUGGAGCGAGAGACCACCCAUCCAAUAUCUACAAAGUAGAGGGUGGCUGCAUUUCUAAAUUAGAGGAGUUUAUUCUUCAGCACUUGCUGAUUUUAGGUGGUGUUGGUGUUGGGAUUGCAUUCCUACAGGUUUUUGGAAUGUUCUUCACAUGCUGUCUGUAUCGGAGUUUAAAGGAAGAGCCUUACUGAAGAUCGUGCAUCUAGUACUCAAACACUAUAUACAGUGUAUAUAUAUAUAUAUAUACACAUACACACAUAUACACACACUUUUACCUUCCUGUUCUGCUGCUAUGCAAUGUAAAUAGUUUGUGUUAAGUGGUGAAGGACAGCAGACCACAGCAUAAUAAUUUGGCUGCAGGGCAGUCAUUUUAAAAAAGAAAAAUAUGUGAGUGAUUAAUAAAAUGCUAAUUGUGUGGCCUAUCUAGAACCAGUUCGAAUUAUAAUACUGGUUCAUCAUAUAAUAUUGACUGACUCAGCCUUGAAGUGCGUGAUAGCCAUCGGAUGAGAUCAUUGCAUAAUCAUUGCAUCAGCUACAAUACUUCACAUACCACAAUAACUGUAAAUUAAAUAUAAAUCCAUCUUAGUCUGACCAGCUACCAGCGUUAAAAAAAAACACAGGCCAAACUCUGGUAAACCAUCUUUUGCCAUCAGAUAUUAAACUAUUUUUUCCCCAGCUGCCUUAUUACUUGACUACAUUAUUGAAUGCAUCAGAUUUUAGAUGUUCUAUUUGCUGUAGCUACUGUUGUGUUCUUUUCUCGGAGACAACUUGUUUAUGAUGUUGCGUUAUUUACCAAGCCUGACUGGUUCGGCCCGUGUUUCGGUACCUGGUACCAAACCGAGAUGAUUUCUAUAGCAGGAUACGUUUCUGAGUGAACAGGCAUUGCACAUCACAUCACAUAUUUAAGUAAAGAGUUAACAUUAACCUUCCGUUCAAGGAUAUUGCUUUGCACUUUUACUCGAAUCUGUUUAAAAUGCAAUUGAACUGGAUUUUAUAUUGUAUAACCACAUCACACAUGUAAGCUUGGAUUGUAUCAUCAUGUUAUAAUGUUAUAUAUAUGAAAGCUUUUGUUAUGUGAAUAUAUAUUGUAAUUAUAUAUUGUGAAAUAACAUUAUGGAGUACAUGCUUCAGUUUUUUUUUCCCCAACACUUACCUGUAAACUCACCUGUGCAUCAAUUUAUCAAAACAUGUUACACCGCAGCGCCACCUGGUGGCUCCGGGCUUUAGUUACAGCUACAUACAGUAGGACAACAUCCGCAAAAAGCCUCCAGUGUUUCACUCUUCAUUUUUAAUACAUUGUUCGUGCUUUAAUAGUUCACUGAAUUCCCCAGAACAAAGAAUAAAAACGCGUUAUUUAAGA